AAUAAUAAAAAUAACUAAAACAUGAUAAAAGAUAAUCGAGAAUCAUUAUAAUUUUAAUCUGGAUAAAAAAAAUGGAGACAUCGCUGCGAUAUGGAGGAGAUUCCAAAGCACUAAAAAUCCACGCCAAGGAAAAACUUCGAAUCGACACCAACACCUUCUUCCAGGUUCGUGGAGGGCUUGACACAAAAACUGGACAACCGAGUUCUGGAAGUGCGCUCAUUAGACAUUUUUAUCCCAAUUUUUCAGCAACGCUUGGGGUUGGUGUGCGGUAUGAUAAACAAGAUUCUGUAGGAGUGAGAUAUGCUAAGAAUGAUAAGUUACGGUAUACUGUACUUGCUAAGAAGACGUUUCCUGUGACAAAUGAUGGUCUUGUUAACUUCAAAAUUAAAGGAGGAUGUGAUGUUGACCAAGAUUUUAAAGAGUGGAAAUCUAGAGGAGGGGCUGAGUUUUCGUGGAACGUAUUCAAUUUUCAGAAGGAUCAAGAUGUUAGACUCAGAAUUGGUUAUGAAGCUUUUGAACAGGUUCCUUAUCUGCAGAUUAGGGAGAAUAAUUGGACAUUUAAUGCAGAUUACAAAGGUAGAUGGAAUGUGAGAUAUGACUUGUGAGAAUAGAAAAGCACUUAUUGGGUUGACAUGUUUUGCUUGUCAUUUUUUGAUUCACAUGUUCUAUUUCUCACCCUGAAUUCUAAGUCUAAUCCAAGAGGAAGGACCAUGCAUACAUUUUAAAUUUUGUUCAUUGAAGUGAAGUACAGUAAUGUUUAAAAUAAAUUUCAUGAUUUAAUAUUUAAUUUUAUAGUUUGUAUUAGAGUUCUUAGCAGAAUUUUGGCUCUAAUCAGAUUUAUUUAUGUACCAGUUAAACUAUGUAAACUAGAUUAAGUGCAUCAAAUUUUUUCUUGAAGUUCA